AUGGAGCCAAACUUGCUCGCACCACGAGCCAAUGGUGCGUCUUCCUUUGGCCAACUGCGGCGCAUCACUGACAGGAAAGUAGAAUGGUCACAGAUUCCAACUUCUCUCCUCCUCGUCGAACUUUCCCGACGCGACGACGCCGAUCACGAUCAACGACCAGCUUGCGGCUCCGGCAAAAACAGCCAUGGCUACGACACGCCCCUUCACGUCUUCGCCCUGUUCCUGAUUCUCACCAUCAGCACCUUGGCCUGCGCCUUUCCGCUCUUUUCUCAGCGAGUAACGAAGCCGGGGAAGCGCCAAAAGAAUAUUCUGUUUGUCUGUCAGCACUUUGGCACUGGCGUCUUGAUGGCCACAGCGUUUGUGCACUUGCUGCCCACUGCCUUUGUGUCCCUGACAGAUCCUUGCCUGCCUCAUGUUUUCAGCAAGGGGUACCGGCCACUGGCUGGGCUGAUAGCCAUGAUUGCGGCGUUUGUGGUUGUGGUGAUUGAGUCGAUCCUGUCGAGCCGAGGGGCCGGGCAUAGUCACUCGCAUUCCUGGGACGACGAGGACUCGGAAGAAGGGCACGAAGAGGCAAAACACACGCGCACGCACGGACAUGCUGGACACUCGAGGACCCCGGAUAUCGCCAUGGACGAUCUGGAAGGGACUGGAGAGCACCAGGGCUUGGUUUCCGGGGCCUCACCUCUUCCGGGAGGCACUCCUCUGAUGCAGGCCAAAUCGCGCCAGAGCAGGGAUUCGUUCGAACGAGAAAGGGAGUCCCUGGAGCUGGAGCUCAGCUUGGAUGAGCUCAAUGGCAGCGGACAGGGUGGCUCGACACGGCUCCUGGCCACGUCGAAACCGUUGCCAGCUCUUCCCCCACAUGCGCACAGCGGACAUCAUCACCAAGGCCCCCCAAACGCGGAGGAACAGCAACGCAUGAUGCUUCAGUGCGUUUUGUUGGAAGCCGGUAUUCUGUUUCACAGCGUGUUCAUCGGCAUGGCCCUGUCUGUCGCCACAGGCCCAUCCUUUGCCGUUUUCCUUCUGGCCAUCUCCUUUCACCAAUCCUUCGAAGGUCUUGCGCUGGGAACACGCAUUGCAGCCCUCCACUUUCCCAAAUCCUCUCACCGUCCUUGGCUGAUGGUUCUGGCAUUUGGCCUGACCACGCCCAUCGGCCAAGCCAUCGGGCUGUUUGUCCACAGGUUCUACGACCCCAUGAGCCAGACAGGCUUGCUCAUGGUUGGUUUUAUGAACGCCAUAUCUGCCGGUCUGUUGCUCUUUGCCGGGCUUGUCCAGCUGCUGGCAGAAGACUUUUUGAGCGAAAAGAGCUACAAGACACUGAGAGGACGGAAACGAGUGAAUGCCUUUCUGGCAGUGGCCGGAGGCGCAAGCCUGAUGAGCCUGGUGGGGGCGUUUGCCUAA